AUUGGUGUCUCUCAGACACACAGAUAAACGCUGCCGAGUGUUAAUCUUGGUUUUGGUUGUUGAUCAAAAGUCGGUCCAUGUCUGGAUCAAGACGCACGAUCCAGGUUCAAGAGGAAGAUAAACGGCGUCUGUUGGUCAGGCUUAUGAAACGUCGGGAGAUUGAUGGAUGAAGACGCGUGAUCCAGGUCAGAACAAAGGCGUACUCUUGUUGAUAGAGGUCAGGACAGUGUGAAAAGAUGGAGCAAUGGGAGUGGAAUAAUCACGGAGUCUCUGUGGUCUUGCGGUCUUGGCGUCUUGUGUCACGGAGUGAAAGUGUAGUAGGUCUUGCGGUCUUGGAGUCUUGUGGUCUUGAAGUCUUGUUGUCUUGGAGUCUAGUGGUCUUGGAGUGUUGUAGUACUUGUAGUACUUGUGUCACGGAGUAAAAGUUUCUAGUGGAGUCUAGUAGUCUUGUAGUGUUGUUGUAGUCUUCUACUACUUGUGUCACGGGUCUUGUAUCAGACUUUGGUCCCAAUCUCUAUAUAUUAAGUCAUGUUGCGUUAAUGUUUUAUUCACAAUCUCUCUAUCUCACUCUCUCACUUUCGAACCAAGGUUGCAAAUAUCACAAACCAAUCUCAUUCUCUGUCUCUUUCUAUACCAAUCUCACUCUCUGUUUCCCAGCAAUCUCAUUCUCUCGUUCUCACUAAUCACCUUAAACCAAACACAUUAUCUCGUUCUCACCGAUCACCUUAAACCAAACACUAUAACGUUCCUAAUCUCUCGUCCUCACCAAACAAAACUCAAAAAAUGGCAUCUUCUUCUAAUAACACAUUUGAUGGAUCAAUUGAUGAUACUUUUGAUCAACAAUUUGAUCAACAUUUUGAUCAACAAUUUGAUCAAUAUUUUGAUCAAACGUUUGAAAAUUUUCCCACCAAUCAUGGUAAUCAAGAAAGCGAGAAAAAAAAGAAGAAAAAAAGAAUUUAUAUCGAAAGGAAUCGUGAAGAAGGUGAUAGACGUUUGUGGGAUGAUUAUUUCAGCGAAACCCCAACAUAUCCUCAUAAUCUAUUCCGACGACGCUUUCGAAUGAACAAGGGAUUGUUCAUGCGUAUCGUUAAUCGACUCUCCAAUGAAGUUGAAUUCUUUCAACAAAAGAGAGAUGCUCUCGGCAGGCUUAGUCUCUCUCCACUUCAAAAGAGUACAGCAGCCAUUCGUGUUUUGGCAUAUGGUAAUGCGGCUGAUGGGGUCGACGAAUACCUCCGUCUCGGUGCAUCUACUACUCUCUCAUGUUUGGAAAAUUUUGUGGACGGAAUAAUUUCUUUAUUCAGCGAAGAGUACCUAAGAAGACCAACACCUGCCGAUCUUCAACGUCUACUUGAUAUUGGUGAGUACCGUGGCUUUCCCGGGAUGAUAGGAAGCAUUGAUUGUAUGCAUUGGGAAUGGAAGAAUUGUCCCACCGCUUGGAAAGGGCAAUAUUCUCGGGGUUCGGGCAAACCAACAAUUGUUUUAGAGGCGGUUGCUUCAUAUGAUCUCUGGAUAUGGCAUGCGUUUUUCGGACCGCCAGGUACGUUAAAUGAUAUCAAUGUUCUUGAUCGCUCACCUGUUUUUGAUGACGUAAUCCAAGGUCAAGCUCCGCAAGUGACAUACUAUGUCAAUGGAAGAGAGUAUCGUAUGGGUUACUAUCUCACCGAUGGUAUUUAUCCGAAAUGGUCAACAUUUAUCCAAUCAAUUCCAUUACCACAAAGUCCGCAAGCAGUUUUAUUUGCUCAACAACAAGAAGCUGCCCGAAAAGAUGUCGAGCGUGCUUUUGGAGUCCUGCAAGCUCGCUUUGCCAUUGUUAAAAAUCCAGCACUUUUUUGGGAUAAAGCUAAAAUUAGAAAGAUUAUGAGAGCUUGUAUCAUACUCCAUAAUAUGAUAGUAGAGGAUGAAAGAGAUGGAUACUCUCUAUUUAACGUUACAGAGUUCCAAGAAGCAGAAGAUAACGGGAGUUCACAUGUCGAUCUUUCGUAUUCUACAAAUAUGCCAUCAAAUAUCAGCAAUAUGAUGGAUGCUCGAAGAAGAAUUCGUGAUAGACAAUUGCAUCAACAAUUGAAAGAUGAUUUGGUUGAACAUAUAUGGCAAAAAUUCGGACAAAGCAACAACUAAGCUGUGAUGCUUCUCUCAAAUUAUCCCACUUUAUUUGAAUAAUGUUUGUUUCAUGUUUUAUUU